AUGAAUACACAAUUUGAAAAUUUUGAUGAACUACUAAAAGAUUUAGAUUUAAAGAAUUAUGUGAGUUUUGUAAAAAAAUGUUUUAAAAACGGAAUAAAAAAAAAUGAAGAAAAUAUAUGCUCUCAAGAUUUAAGAAAUUUAGCAAAAUGUUUGCCUAGAGUUUCAGGGGUUUGGUAUGAUUUACAUAAAAAUAGUUGGGAAGCAAGGUGGUCCGAAGGGGCAAAAUCAGCACGAAAAUAUUAUUCUGUUCAAAAGUUUGGAUUUCAUGAAGCAAGGAAAUUAGCUAUUAAAACUAUUAAAACAAAAGAAAUAAAUUAUAUAUAUAACAGCAUAAAUGAAGACUUUAACAAACCAUUAAAAUGGAAUUUAAACAAUGAUUUUUUAGAAAUUAAUCAAGAUCCAACUAUAAACUUAAAAAAAAAAUAUAGAACUACAAAUUGUAAAAUUAAAGAAAUAAAAAUUAAGAAAGAUGGAAUUGGGAACUAUAACAAUACAAAUAUUGGAAAACGAUUAAAAAAUGUAAAAAAAAAUAAUUCAGCAUUCAUUUAUUCUAUACAAAAUCCAAAUUAUUAUGGAAAAAAAAAUUAUGAUGAAAAUGGAAAUACGCAAAUCGAUAUAAAUAAAUGCACUAUUAAAAAUAUUGAACAAAUAAAUGAUCAAUAUAACAAUAAAAUGGAUAUAUUUAACUAUCAAAAUUGUCUAUAUAUUGAUAAAGAUAAUACAAAUAAUACAUUAAUAAAUGAAUCUGUUUCUUUGAGUUCAAAGGAUGCAACUUUAUUUAUUUCACAAAAUAAAAUUCUUGGAAAAAAGGAAAUAAAAAGACAAAAUAUUAUAUCCACAUCAAAUGGUAUUAAUACUAACAUUAAUAAUAAGAAUGGAACUACUCUUAUUUCGUCAGACAUUUUAUAUAAAAAUGAAAAAUAUUCUGAAAAUACAAACAAUCUUAAUAUCAUAGUUAAAGCCAACAAACAAAAUAUAACAAAUGAUAUUAUCCCUUAUAUUGAAAGUAACAAAUAUUUUGAAUGCCCUAAUAAAUCUAUUUCAAUAGAUCAAGAAAGAAGUGCACAUACAAGUUAUGAAAAAAAUAUCACAAAUUACAAAAAUAGUAAAAAAAAUAAUCAAAUAAUAAUAAAUUCUGAGCAAAUAUCUUCAGUUAUAAAUUGUAAUAAAAAAAUAUUAACUGAAACUACAAGUAAAGAAAAGUGUAAUACUAAAAAUCGAGAUAUCAUAAAAAAUGAUGUAUUUUCAAAAAAAAAAAAAAAUAUAUUUGAAUCACAAAAUGAACAAAAUUUUGAUAAUGAUAAUAAUAAAAUAAAUAUCACAAAAUCAUCAAUUACAGAAAAUAUCGAUAACUGUCUUAAACCUAAUAUUUCUGCUAAAGAAAAAAAUUUCAUUAAUCCAAUAAUAGAUUCUGAAAGUGUUAAAAACAAUAUUUCAGCAUUAGGUUAUUCUGGAGAAAUAAAAAAAAAUGGAAUAAAUUGUUUAAGAAAUAAUGGGUCAUUUAUUUGUAACAAUUCUUUAUACAUAAAAAAAAACGAAGACUUUUCAAAUUUACAAACACAAUAUGAUUUGCCCGAAAAUAAAAAAAAUAAUUUUCCAAAGGACAAUGAAUUAACAUUAAUAAAUAUAAAAAAUGAAAAAAAAUCUGUAACUUUAAUUCCCCCAUAUGAAACAAACAAUGAUAAUAUCCCAAUAAAGAAACAUGAAAAUCUUUGUAAAGAUGAAAAUAUAAAUAAUAGAUACAACUAUAGAGGUAAGUAUGCAAACAUAUUAAAGCGAAAAUAUAAUAAAAUCAUUGAUGAAUCGCUUAUUAAUGAACAACCACCCAUGCCUGAUAAAAAUAAAUCAAAUAUAAAUGAUUGUUUAAAUGGAAACAUGUAUGAAUAUAUUGAUAGUGAAAAUGAAAGUAACAAAAAAAGUGAUGAUUAUAUUAAUUUUGAUAAUACAUCUAAAUUAGAUAAAAAAAAUAAAGGAUCCAAUAAUUUUUGUGAUAAAAAAAAUAAUUAUAAUGUUGAAUUAAAUUUAAAAGAUUCUAUACAUUCAGACACUUUACACAUUUUCAAAAAUGCAAUAAAUUUAUUAUUAAAUGAUUUAAAAUAUAAAUGUAUACCUAAUUUUGAUAAAAAAAUUCUGAAUAUAAUUGAAAUAAUAGAUAAUCAUACAAAUUAUGUAAAUUCAACUUUUAAUGAAACAUUUUUAAUAACUUAUGUUCAUUUAUUUGAUACUUGUGUAUCCAAUAAUAUUUUGCCAAGCCAGAUGGAUCCCAAAAUUCAAAAAAUAUUUUGCAAUGCUUUGAUAGCAUUUCAUAUUUUGUUGUUUAAUUUCCAACGACCAAAAAAAUAUUAG